AUAUUCAAAACAUUUUUCAGACUUGAAACUUGAACUUUAAUAAAAUACGAUAGUGCGUGAUGUUCGUCUGGCCAGUGCUGUUUAUCAGGUCAGUCCAUAGAAGAAGCAAUACGUUUCUGCUUUGUCACACACACAUUGCAGAAGCCCACUGAAGGAGACGCGCAUUAUUUUGUUAGCAACACGUGCACCCUCCCGACCUCUCGCGAGAUAACUACAUGUAAACAAAAGCGGAUUAAUUCAGCAGAGAAGCACUGCUGCCCUGAGCCCAACAGCCAGACGGGUCUGUCUAUUUUGAACCACAUAAAUAUCUAAUAUCUGCCACACAAAAUUUACAGUUGAAACAUGACGACAGAGUCGCCUCGGCGUCCAAGCCGAUGCACAGGUGGAGUGGUGGUUCGACCUCAGGCAGUGACGGAACAGUCAUACAUGGAAAGCGUUGUCACGUUUCUUCAAGAUGUUGUACCCCAGGCUUAUAGUGGAUCACCUACAACAGAGGAAAAGGAAAAAAUUGUCUGGGUCCGCUUUGAAGAUGCAGACUUGAAUGAUGCAUAUAGGAAUAUGGAGUUCCACGAAAUGCAUAGCACAGGAAACGAUCCACCUCUUCUUCUGAUGAUAGGCUACACAGACGGGAUGCAAAUAUGGAGUAUACCUGUCAGUGGUGAAGCUCAGGAAUUAUUCUCUGCUCGGCAUGGUUCUGUAAGAUGUGCUCGCGUUUUGCCAUGUCCUCUGUUUGGUUCUCAGAUGUGUGAUAGUUUCUCAGAAAAACGACCUCUGCUUGGAAUGUGUAAGAACACUGGUUCAUGUGGGACCAGCCAACCUUACUGCUGUGUAGAUUUAUAUUCUCUGCGGACUGGGGAAAUGGUGAAGUCAAUUCAGUUUAAAACUCCCAUCUAUGAUCUGCAUUGCAAUAAAAGGGUACUUGUGGUGGUUCUACAAGAAAAAAUUGCAGCAUUCGACAGCUGUACAUUCACAAAGAAAUUUUUUGUGACAAGCUGCUAUCCUUGUCCUGGGCCAAACAUGAAUCCUGUAGCGCUUGGGAGUCGUUGGCUUGCUUACUCUGAAAAUAAGCUCAUUCGGUGCCAUCAGUCUCGAGGUGGAGCAUGUGGGGACAAUAUACAGUCCUAUACUGCCACAGUUAUUAAUGCUGCCAAAACUCUUAAAACUGGACUUACCAUAGUUGGGAAAGUAGUUACCCAGCUCACAGGUACACUGCCAGCAGGUACACCAGAUGAGGACCAGCCUACUCACAGUAAUGCUAGACGUAGUCCUCUUGUCCCCGGAGUUAUUACCGUCAUUGACAUAGAGACGGUUCCAAAAGGACAGGUUCUUGUCAGUGAAGAAUCUGAUGGAGAAGGCAUUGUUGCUCAUUUCCCUGCCCAUGAGAAGCCAAUUUGCUGUAUGGCUUUUAACCCCAGUGGGAUGAUGCUGGUUACAUCAGACACGCUGGGUCAUGAUUUUCAUGUGUUCCAGAUCCUCACUCAUCCUUGGUCAUCGUCUCAAAGUGCUGUACAUCACUUAUAUACCUUGCAUCGAGGAGAGACAGAAGCUAAAGUUCAGGACAUUUGUUUCAGCCAUGACUGCCGUUGGGUGGUGGUAAGCACUCUUCGUGGCACCUCCCACGUCUUCCCUAUAAACCCUUAUGGUGGUCAGCCAUGUGUCCGUACACACACCUCCCCCCGUGUGGUCAACCGCAUGAGCCGCUUUCAGAAGAGCGCAGGCCUGGAAGAAAUUGAACAAGAGUUGACAUCAAAGCAAGGAGGCCGCUGUAGCCCUGUGCCAGGAUUGUCCAGCAGUCCAUCUGGGUCUCCUCUUCAUGGUAAACUUAACAGCCAAGACAACUACAAUAAUUUCAUCAACAAUAACCCAGGGAACCCACGUCUCUCACCACUGCCAAGCUUAACAGUUGUGCAACCUCUUGUUCAAAUUAAGCAACCAAUGACUCUGGGAACCAUUACAAAACGUACAGGACCUUACCUGUUUGGAGCAGGAUGUUUUUCCAUCAAAGCUCCUUGCAAAGCCAAGGCAGCCCCACAGAUCUCCCCAAGUAAAUCCGCAGGAGGUGAAUUUUGCGUUGCUGCUGUUUUUGGAUCCUCUAGAUCUUGGUUUGCAAGCAACCAAAGCAUUAAACGAGAUAAAGAUCAGUCCAAGCAAUGUAUAGUGGAAUCUCUGUACAUCAUCAGCUGCUAUGGAACUCUGGUGGAACAUUUUCUGGAACCACGACCUUUAAGUACUGCUUUGAAGAUCAAUGAUGACACAACUCUGGAAAUGUGGACUUCACCACGUGCUAGUUGGACCUUGGUUAGGACCCCUCAGUGGAAUGAACUUCAGCCUCCAUUUUAUGCAAAUCAUCCAUUGCUGUUGGCGGCAGAUGUGGUACAGUACUAUCAGUACAUACUGGCUGGCUUGGUUCCACCUGGAAGUCCUGGACCAAUCACAAGGCAUGGGUCCUAUGACAGUCUAGCAUCAGACCACAGUGGCCAGGAAGAUGAAGAAUGGCUUUCACAGGUAGAAAUCGUGACCCAUACUGGACCACACAGGCGAUUAUGGAUGGGGCCACAGUUCCAGUUUAAAACAAUACAUCCUUCAGGUCAAACAACUGUAAUAUCAUCAAGCUCUUCAGUGCUUCAUUCACACGGCCCAAAUGAUACCCCACAACCACUGUUGGAGUUUGACACAGACGAUCUUGCUCUAAACAGCCUCAGGAUUCAGCCUGUACGCUCAGAACCUGUCAGCAUGCCUGGAUCACCUCGCCCUGGCUCUGAUCGCAGAGGAACUUCUACUGUUAUUGAUGCAACUUCAGGUGCGUAUGAUCGAAGUGUGACGCUACUAGAGGUUUGCGGUAGUUGGCCAGAGAGUUCUGGGCUCCGACACAUCUCCUCUAUUGAAAGCACAGAUGAAGGUCUCCGUGAACGACUGGCCGAUGCUAUGUCAGAGUCCCCUAACAGGGAUGUGGUGGGAUCUGGAACAGAACUUCGGCGAGACGGAAGCAUCGAGACGUUAAGUAACAGCUCCGGAUCCACUAGUGGGAGCAUUCCACGAAACUUUGAUGGCUACAGGACAACUCUCCCUACCAACGAAAACCAACCACUCAGUCUUUUUCCCACAGCAGGACUCCUUUAAAUUCCAUUAUACAAACGAUUACUGAUAAAAAGUAAAUUGUAAAGGGAUAAGUCAUUUGUUUGUACAAAAAUGAAUGUGAUGCUUCAGUCUUAAUAUCAUAUGGCUACAUUUGCGUCCCUGUGGUUCCACUUCUAACUAAAAUACUGUACAUGGGGUUAGCCAUUUAUUUCAUAUGGGGAAAAGUGUGAACAGUUAUGGUGGCAGACUCUGUCCCUUUAGACUGAGUAUUUAGCUUACUGGCCCGUGUUGAUCCAAUGACCUGCCCAACCGAUAUCUGGUCGAAAAUCAGCCUGGUAUCUAUUGGGCAUGUUAGAAAAUCUCUUUGGGCCAGGCCCACUUUGUUGAUGUGGUCUUCUCCCAACGGGUUCCCCUAGGUCCCCAAUAUUAUCUGCUUGUUUGCCUGCAAGACAAGGUCUGUUUUUUUGUUGCCCUUUGUUAUAGUGUAUCCCCAGCUAAAGUUAGUCAGCCACUCUGUAACAGGAUAGCUAUCAGUCAAUGCCCAGCUCUGUCUCCUCUCAACAGUUAACGCAUGUGCAUGAUCCAAAUGCAUACAGUGAACACUACAUUUAUGCCUUCAGCUGAUCUGUUAAAGAGCAACUGAUUCACUUUGGUUUCAAAGAUGGCAGCUGCAAUUUCUUUUUCUAGCAGAUGAGGUGACCCAUGGACCUGCAAAUGUUGCUUUAUGCUAAUGACUGGCUCUUCUUCAGAAUGAAACUGAGAAAAUGUUUUUUUUUUAUCAAUGUAUGCGAAUACAACUUAAUUAUGUGAGUCUAUAGAUCUUAUAAUAAUGUAGAAAGGGCAUUAUACCCUCUUAUUUGUUAGGCGUCUCUGCUUUUUACCCUUCCUAUCUAGAUCUAAAUCUUACAGCAUGUUUGGGGUUAUUCAGAAUUUUAAAUGCCAAUUUAGAUGUUAUGUACCUAUAACUGUGCUGCUUUUCAUAAUGGAAUGUGCAAUGCAGAUGCUAGUGUACAGCAUAUACCCUACUGUGCAGGAGAAUCUCUGCAACCUCACAGGUAUUUUCCCCUCAUAAGUACACUGUGUUUGCUGUUGGGUAUUUACCAGGUAUCUAUGUGGGCAGGGAACCUCUUUUGUAUGCCCUGUUCCCAGUAACUACAAAUAAGCAAACAAUGUAGAAUUUAUCUUCCAUGUAUUGCCCUGAUAUGGACAACACUGAGUGUGGAUACACAUCUCAAAUUUUCUAAACUGGAUUCCCAGGAGUUAAUUUGCUUCAAAAGGCUGAAAAUUAUAUACAUUUAUGUGGAAUCGUUAUCCCAGAGAAUUUAGCAUAUUUGGAGCCAUUUAAUCAAAUUAACCCUUACGAAGCUUAGAAAAGCGAGAUAACCAGCACCACAUUGUAAGUAGUUAUGGUCCUGGACACCAAACAUUUGGUUUUACUUAUAUUGGACAGAAUCUCACUUUGGGUGCCAUAAUAGAUCACUGGUUAGCACUCCUGCCUUGCAGCACUGGGAACCUGAGUUCAGAUCCAGCCAGGGCACUGUCUGCACAGAGUUUGUAUCUCCCUGUGUCUGCAUUUGUUUCCUCAGGGGGCUCCGGUUUCCUCCCACAUUCCAAAAAUACACAAGCAGGUUAAUUGAACUUUGAUGGAAUUGACCCUGGUGAAAGGUACUCUAGGGAACUAAGGUUGCAAGCUCCACAGGGGCAAUGACUAAUGAGAAUAAUGGGCAGUCUCUGUAAAGCACUGUAUAAAUGUCAGGGGUAUCUAAAUAAAGGAUAAUAAUUCUACAAUAUAGUUAUUACAAAGAAGGUUGUUUUUGUCGACAUAAGCAAUAUGGCACCUCCUGUUAAUAUAGAUAAAUGCAAAUAUAAUGUUCUUCUUUAUUAAUAUAUCCCCAACAUAUUAAGCAGAACUGUACAGAAAUAGUUGAUCAUUCACAUCAGCUACUCUGCCUGUGAAGCUUCCAAUCUGAGUGCCCUAGGGUACCCUAGGGUUAAUUUCAUCUGAAGACAAUUAACCUGCCUGUAGAUUUUUGAAGUGUUAAAGGAACCCAGAUUACCUAGAGGAAACCCACUCAGUCACAGGUAGAACAGUCUCAAUGCAAAUAGUGAUCUGGUUGGAACUGAACUCAGAACACUGACACAACAUGGCAAAUAUUUGCCUAUAACUUUAAGGGCAGAGACACGGUUGGAUUCGGCGUCAAAUCUCCUCUUCUUUGGGGCGACUAACCUCCCCGAACUGCUUUCCCCUACCUUCCAGCCGGCUAGAAUGAAAAUCACCAGCGGUAUGGCAA